CAGUUUUUCUCAGACAUCAGUGCAUAUCAGUAGACCGCUCAAGACGGACAUACACCCCGGAGUGUGCAUACUUGGACUUGGACACCUUUUUUUUGCGCUCGCGAGGACCUGUGUACGAUUUUUGUUCAGUGCGUUCUGUUUCCAGAAGUUUGAAGAACCGUUUCCACGCGUGCGUGCUUUGUGAAGACGAUUUUUGUGCAAGUUGAAAUUGUACGGGAUUAGUUAAAAUACUUAGUGUGUUUGUGCUUUUGGAAGGGUUUUUGAUUUGACGAGUGACAGAGAGUGCAGAUUCAGAAGCUAUAGUCCCCCUAAUUCAAUAGUGGUAUUUUUCACCCCUGUCAGGACCUCGAAAAAUAUUUCCAAUUUUAUUGAACGCUUCAUUCAACCAUAAAACGAAAAGAAAUGAGUAGAGUGUGAUAUUUUGUUCGACUGUUUUGGAAUGCAAAACAAGAUAGUUUUGGAAGCAAAAGUGCGUACCGACCCUGGAAAACAAACUCGUUUCUCGUGAAAACGAAAACUCUUGAUAAAAUUUCCUCAAAAAUUUCUCUUGCUGGAAAAGAUUUGUUUUUCUUCUCUCUCGUUUUUCUUUUGUCUUCUUAUCUUCCCUUUCGCCCCAAAAUAUUGCGAACAAAAAACGCAGAUAAAGCGCAAGAUGGGCGUUAGCUAGCGGAGAAGUCACAUCCAGCGUGGGUCUAAUGUCUGUGUUUUGCACGCCAAAAAUACUUACAAACGCGCAAACGUAGCCGGAAGCCACGGUUGAGAAAACAAGAAGAACUGAUCAAGAAGAGAGAACAUCGUGCCGAAGCGGACGACCGGGUUCGUCGCCUUUUUGGCCCCGUAAGCAGGCCAAUAAGAGUGAGUGCAGAGUUCCCACCAGCAACAAGCGGGCACUGUAUGUAAACCGUACUCAGGAGUGAGAAAAACGCCACUGGCGCGUAUACAUCAUGAAGUCAAAGGCUUCCAGACCACUGUUGCUGUUCGGCCUCUGGCUGCUACUGGGCCAUACGGCAGCUCAAUCGUCGCAGUCCAUCGGCAACGGCACCGUCACAAUCACCUCCCCAACGUCCACCUCAACCUCCUCUUUCUCGUUCGCCGAGGCCACCCCAUCACAAUCCAAACUACGGUUUCUGCGGCCCACCUACACGCGCACAGAACUUAAAGUUGCUCGAAGUUUAGAACCCGAAAACGUUCAAAAACUGAAUGUGCGUUCGAACAAUGGUCGAAUGGUGGAAAUUAUCGUAAAGAAACGUGACGACAAGAACGCUCAUGCGCGAGGGGUACCCAUUCCACAUAGCUCAAGGCCAGCGUCUUCCGAAGGAUACCGAAUUACCAGCGACAGUUCACCCGAAUCGGUAGACAUCAUCGAUGCCUUUUUGAAACACGUCAACCGGAUAGAAAGGCCGGCACGGUUCUAUGAAGAUGAGAGCUCGAUAAAAAAUGAUCGACGGCCGGUGAGAAUCGCUGUAAAUAGUCGACCGGUUGAUGAUGCGCUAGCGGCCAAUGUUCCAUCGCCGGUCAUAAUCAGCUCAGAUACGAUUUACAUGAAGGACAAUCCCUUUUCCAAGACUAAGAAGAAGGCUCGGGCGUUGCAGGAAAUAGGCGAAGACGGCAUUCCAGUUGUACACGGUAUUCGCGUCCCUGAUGACGAAGAAGAUAAAAGGAAAGUGUGGCGUAACGCCAGGGUAAUCAACGGCGAAUUAGUCCCCUAUGAGAAAGGUCAUGUACCAAAGAAGAUGGAAGGAACUGCAGAUACUUACGGACAGCUUGUCUUCGCCAAACCUAUUACAAAUAGCGAACAGCCAAGCCGCAGAAGAAGCAUUGGUCCAUUCACAACAGCCGAUAACUUUCCGGUCGAUGAAGAACAAUCGAAAAGCUUCGGGCCAUUUAGCGUGGAAGACAAUUUGCGAUCAAGUGUUCGAAUUAACAACGCUCAACUAAGCAUUGGACCAUUCUCGAGGGCAGAUAACGCUCGCGUAUCAAACGCCAAGCUAAUCGAAUACAUUAAGAAAAUCAACGAUCAGGAAAGUAGAAAACACUAUUAUGCGGCUCGUACUCCAAAUAAGGAAAUCUUCGCCGACCAGCCAAAGAUCCAGAGGCGUAUGCUGCAAAAUCCUGGCAAUCCGGUGUAUCCGGUAUCAAAAUUGUAUGCCAUCCCUGGAUCUCAUCAACUGCAAGGUGAGUUGGACGAUGAUUCGAGAAAACCGGUUUUGCAAUACGCACACCCUGAAUUAGGAGUUCAGCCGGCGAAGUUUGUCCCGCCUGAGAAUAAGCCGCCGAAGGCCAUGAAAAAGGUCAUCAAUAUUGAAUACAGCAAACACAAUGAUCAUUCACCAUUUGCCAUAGAACCGGCCAUGCUGGGAAAAGACUACUACAGCGCUCCUCCGAUGAUGAAAUUCUCACAAAAGAAUCCUUAUGACGAAAUGCAUCAACCGGUGAAGAUUCCUGCAACUUAUCCAUACAACUAUGGCUUCAUAAGGCGAGUAAAACCAGAGCGACCAUUCUGGGUGAAGAUCAGUGAACAGGUCAAGGAUGGAUUUCAAUCCGGAAUCCAUUCAGUGCAUGAGUUCGCCAAGCCUGUGUUGGAUCCGUUGGUGGAAGCGGGACAUAAAAUCUCCAAAAACCUGGGAUUUUCGAAGAAAACUAGCGAAGCUAAGGACAAAUCUGAUCUGGUGGUGGCACCAGCUGCAAAUUCGAUUGUUCUGCCAGCUCUAGGAAUGUUGGCCGGAGGUGCUGCGUUGGGGAUGGGCGCCCUUGCCGUUGGACGAUUCUUUGAUAUGGACCUGCUGAGGAGAUCUGGCGAACAGUUGGUCAUGGAGCUGGACGAUCUGGAACAUAAGCGAGCAUUGGAAGGCAUUGAGUCUCAUCCGGAUAAGUAUUAUCUGGUUGUGCCGACGACCGCCAUUACUCGGUUGGAGCCAGUUCAGGAACACGAAGAGCACUUCAAGCGAUCGAAAAGAUCAGUGAACAUGUACCGUCUGGAAGAUGAUACUGUUCAGGAUAAUGAUAUCUAUCGAAAUGACAAAUUCGACGACCAGGGAGACGUGAUUGAGAUAAUUGACCUGAAAUCGCAAGACGACAGCGGUGAACUGCGUGAUGACAGCUACAGUGACAGCGAAGACAGCAUUCAAUCGAUUGCAGAAGAACCGCGUAUUCGGCGGAGGAAGCGAGCCAUCGGAGCAUAUGACGAGAGCAUUGGUCAAGUGUUGCAAAAUGUGGAACAAGACGCUCCCCGGCCUUCGAGGGUUGGGUUUGAGGAGCAGCUGAGACAAACCAACUGGAAGAAUCCUUCCUGUGCCAAACGAACCUUCUGCCAGGUAAUGGUUCAGCAGGGUGCGGAUGACGUGGUGCUCAUGGAGAAGAAGAUGUACACCAUGCUGGAGAUGAUGCACCCAACAUUAGGAGCGAGCCUGACCACCCAUCUGUCCGAGGUAACCGACGCCAUCAGACAGCAUGACUGUGCCCGAUUCGUGUGUCUUCAGUAAGCCUAAUUCACACCUUUUUGAUGUAAAUACCCACACUAGCGACAUAAAACUAGCAGGUUCUGGUGGUGAAAAUAAUUUUAUAUUAAAAUUGCGUUUGAACGUGGAAUACUAGGAGAACGUUACCCACCACGACAGUUAAGAAGGAUUUCAAAGCAACAAUCAGUCAGAAGCCCUACUUCUUUUGAACUUCGAUAUUUCUUGGAAAAUGGACAUACCCGUUGCAUCACUAGAUUGGAUCCCACAAAAGCUAAUUCAUAUGUUGACCAACAUUUACCGUACCGUAUUUUGAAAUGCCAAAGCAAGAUUAGGACCAGCCCGGUACAAGAGCAGGUUUUGAGCAACGAAACAUUAAGGAAAGGCUAGGAAAACAGUAUCGUUUAUAUUUAGUGCCUUUAGCGUAACGGAGACAGGUGCAAAAAGCAUAAGCUAAUCCAGAGCCAACAGUGUAACCUUUUCGCAACAAAUCCGUGUGAAUCCGACGAAAUCGCGAGAAACGAUUGACAAUAAACACGUAACAGCUGUUUAUGCAUAACCGAACCUAACUUAUUGAAGAGUGCGACUCCGCGACCUUUUACAGAAUGUGACAAAACAAAAAAUCUCGCAUAUUUAUUUUGAUUUUAUUUAAAUUAUUCCGAUUGGUUAUUUAAUUCAUAAUAAUUUAUUCGCGUGCCGACAGAAAAACCGUAAUCAUUCAUAAUCGAUUUUAGCGCAAGGUGAAUGUAACAAAUAUUUCGCAUAAUCGUCACCACGUUAUAAGAAAAUGAAAAUAAGAAAGAGAUAAUCAUGAACACUUUGUCACAAAAAAGACCGAAAAAAUGAGACUAAUCAAUCACAAAUCAUCAGUACACUUCGACACUUACAAACACACAGAUACUUUCGAUGUGAGAUAGGUUUACUUAUUUACAAUAUGUAUAAGAACCGUUAUAAACAAUAGAGAUAGGAUAAGUACUGUUUAGUCUUGUUUAAAACCGAACGAGUGAGCUUAAUGUUGUGAUUUGGGAAACCUGCGACGAAGAUCAUUGGAGAAAAUUUCAGAAAGAAUGAAAUAAAAAAAUAACAUGAAAAACA